AAAGGUUUUAGGGCGGGCAGUUAAGGUUGGGACGCGCUAAAACCACUAAACGCCUUUACCCAAGGAAUUCCGCCCGCCAUGAUGCAUCCCGCAUCUUGGCUUCUUGGCCAUGCUCUCCACCACUCCAACUUCACUCCCCGUUGCAGCUUUGCGACAACGCACACGCCGGCGCCGCAAUGUCGGUCACCUCAGACGACGAGGACGAAAUCCUCUCCGACAACCAGUCCGUCAGCUCCUCCGGCGAUGACUCCCCGCCGCUCCCACCGUCACAGAAUUUCUUCGCGCCGCCAUUCUACGGGCGUCCGCCUACGCCGCUGCCUCCGUCGCCGUCGCUCACUUCUCUCCUGCGCCCAUCGCGGCCCACGACUCCCGAUGCCUCCGACGAAGAUACCCUCGCGCCCGUCCCGCGUGCGGCGCCAAAGGUCCCCACGUACGAGUACUACGGCUUCGUCCUGUACCUCUUCAGCAGCCUGACCUUCCUCGUCUACCUCCUCUGGGGCUACCUCCCGUCGGCCUUCCUACGCGCCCUAGGCAUCGACGCCUACUUCUACCCCAACCGCUGGUGGGCGCUCGCCAUCCCGGCCUUCAUCGUCAUGUCGGUCUUCUACAUCUACGUGGCGCUGGCGGCCUACAACACCGAGAUCCUGACGCUGCCGCUGGCGAACGUCGAGACCAUUGUCGACGGUGCGGGCCACCUGGCCGAGAUUGACACCAAGGGGCGAAUGCGCGGGGGCCGCAACCGCGAGAGCAAGGUCGAGGGCAAUGGAAGGCUGCGGUGGCGCGAGGUUUGGAAUGAGGGCACGGAUGCCGUCAUGGACAUUCCCCUGGCGGGAGUUUGUGAGGUGCUCUACGGAGAGGGCAGGGAGUAUUACGAUGAAGGAGAAGAGGACUCCUGAUGAAUCAUGGCGCAUAUGGUCAAAAACAUACACUGCAAGGCAUGGCGUUUGGGAUGUUGUGAUUAUCAAGGGAGAGCAUAAGACUCGGCACAGAAGUCUGGUAACGACAGUCAUGUAUCAAGAACCAAUUAACGGAUUAGAAAGAAUUAAUCGAGUCAACCAUAGCUCUUGAUUACUCGGCUCAGAAAUGCCCCCAACUAUGUCAUUUGCGCC